AUUUGCCAAGUUUAAGGAACCCUAGCAUCUGGCCAACAUUGAAACGUUAAUAAAUAUGACUAAUAUUUAAACGGCAGGUCAUGUAAUCCAUUCGUCGCCAGAAAUGUCUCCGUAUUUGGAGUUUGUUUUACUCCAAGCUUUCUUGUUUUCAAAGAUCACCGCUGGCUCUAACGUCUGCAGCUCUAGUGUUCCAGACAUCGAUUACGUCCUCACUGGUCACGUGAUACGGACUCUAAAACUCAAGACUUUUGAGAGCUGUACAUUUUCUUGCGAAAUUGAGCCGAAAUGUUUUAGUAUCAACUACGUGUCAUCGCAAGGAACUUGUGAACUCAACAGAGCAACCAAGGAUUUUUUUCCUGGAGACGUAGUGAAACAGAAUGGGGCAUUUUAUUUGGAUAUGGUGGUCCGCCAGUUUCAUCGUGAUCGUGAUCCUUGUGAGAGCAUGCGCUGUGAAAAUGGAGGGACAUGUGUCGUGAGUCCGACCUUGAAGUGCAAUUGUCCUGAUGGUUACACUGGGCUUCGCUGUCAAAACCUACAGCAGCUGGGAAUGGAAAGCGGAGACAUACCUAAUGACCACAUAGAGAGCUCCACGUUUUUGGUUGAUAAUCAAGCAUGGAAAGGACGCUUAAAUGGAAAUUCGUGCUGGAGACCUGCACAAAGCAAAAAUACUGAACACAUUAAAGUAACGUUCGUGAGCGAAAAAACCGUAUUUGCCAUAGCAACACAAGGCAGCCCGGACAAUAACUUUUGGAUUGAAAGCUAUACCCUCCAGUACUUCGCUGAUGGUUCUCUUAAGGACACUAAGAAGGUAUACCAAGCCAACAAGGACGGCACUUCAAUUGCCAUAAACAAGUUCUCACAAGCUCUCCAAAAUGUCAAGUGGAUCCGGAUUCAUCCAAGAGCCUGGCACAGUUAUAUAGCAUUGAGGCUAGAGGUGUACGGAUAUUGAACGUUUUGAAAUGGAAGGCUCAA